AUGAACGCCUACCCGAAGAAAAAAUGGGAGCCAGAGCUCAAGCUGAAAUCCGCCAAGGUCUCGCGCACGGGUGACUUCACGAACGACCAAAACUUGAAGAUUCGGUGGUACUCGUGGGAAGUACCGAAACCCAAAGCUAUAAUCGUAUUCGCGCACGGCCUGGGCGUGUACGGCUCGUUCGAGAUGCUGGCGAGCAUCCCGCCCGGCACUCCGCGCGUGCACUACGCGUCGUCUUGGCCCGAGCGCAUGAAUAAGUCGGACGUGAGCUUGUUUUGCAUCGAUCACCAGGGCCACGGGCGAAGCGACAGCGCGUCGCCCGGAAAGCGAUGCUAUUUCCAUCGCUUGGAUGAUUUAGUGCGCGAUUUCGCGCGGUUUUGUACUUUAAUACGUGGAGAUGUCCCCGGAGUUCCGCUGUUCGUGGUCGGCACCAGUCUCGGUGGGUUCGUGGCGACGAAGACGGCGAUGGAGUUUCCAGACGUCGCCAACGGGUUGGUCACGUUGGCGCCGAUGUUGAGCUUGGAUCAGUUGUGCAAGCGGCCGCUGAAUCGCGUGCUGUUGCCUUUCACGACGUUGUUGUCGAUGUUUAUUCCAACCGUGCCUCUGGCGAAGACGGUGCGGAACACAAAGUUUCCUCUGACGCAACAAGAGGUCGAACAAGACGCGAACACGUGGCCGAGCGGGGUGAACAACACGCGCGUGCGCGUCGCCGCCGAGGCGUACCUGAGCACGCUUAAACUGAAAAAGGCUGGGGAAUUAGAAAAGAUCACCAUGCCAGUGAUUUCAUUUCACGGCAAGGACGACCCAAUGACCGAUCCGAGCUCGAGCACGAUGCUCAUCGAGCGCGCGAACACAGCGGACAAGCACCUCGAGUGGGUCGACGACGUCUUUCACGACCUCUGCCACGAAAAGCCCACGUCCGAUCACAUCUGCGAAGACAUCAUCGCCUGGUGUAUCGCCCGCGUCAACGGUCCAGUACCCAAAAAAUCCGGCGACAAGCGAUCGCGAGAGACCACUUACAGGGAAAACGGCGUGAGCGACCGCGACGCCGCUCGAGGCGCGACGACCAAGCGCGUCCGCGCCGCCGCGACGAAGACAUCGACUCGCAAAGCGCCCGGCCGCCGGCCGCGUCCGCGUCGCGAGUCGCGUUGA